CUCUAGAGUUCAGUGUACCGGCCGGCGGUGCUGCUAAAGUCCGCACAGCCAGUGGUGUUGAUCCGGAGCCGACUGACCGGUGAGGGGUACCGCUAAUACAGCUGGAUUAAGCCGCGUCUCCCUUUCAGACAGACUCAACGUUACCCCAAUAAGACUCUUCCUGUUGCAAUGUUUCAGGAUUCAACAGCAGGAAUAGGUCUACACAUCCUUACUCCGGUACACCAUCGGGCCUGAGCCAGUUGGAGGUCUCGCAGGUCAAGCUUUGGGGUCAACCCAGACCGCCGGACAUGCUGGCGGCCAUGCUGCGGCAGAGCAGCGGAGGCGGUGGAGGAGGAGAAGGAAUGGGUGGUGGGGGAGCAGCAAAGCUCUCCCUGUCCAUACCCCGCUUCUCCAACACGCACUUCUUCCCAAACUCAACGAGCAUUGGUACAACCACCGUGGCUGGGUCUGUGUCGAGUGCGGGCCCCUUCGGGUCUGGCCCGCCGGGCAGAGGGUCCAAGACCAGGGCCCCGAGCACUGCUAACCAUGGCUCUGAGGGCUCGGAAGUACCAGCCACUGCUAACCCCGACUAUAUCAUGCAACUGGUGAGCGACGUGCGCAAGUUUGCUGACGUUCUCUUGCAUCUAAAGGAAGUGUUCUCCUCUGAAGAGCACCAGGACUGCCUCCACCAGGCGGUCCACGAGCGCCUGGGCCAGCUGCUCUGCGUCCUGAAGACCGUCAUCGGCAAACACCAGAGCCUCAACUCCGUGGACAUCCUCAGCGCGGCUGGCAUCGUCAUCUCCAGGGUCAAAGGUGUGAACUUCAAGGAGGUUAAUAGCGACAACAAGAGGAAGCUGUUUGGCGAGAUCUACACCGCUAUCGACACAUUGGCAUUCACGUUUGGCAAUGUGGUGUCUGACUUCCUUAUGGGAGAUGUAGAGAGCGGUGCGGCGGUGGGGCUCGCCCUGACGAAGAGGAGCCGGUCUUUCGAGAACCUCUCUGUGGAAUCUGGAGGAUCCGGUCCAGAGAAAGAUGAUCCAACGGGACCCUCCCCCCCGGCGCCCACGUCACUGUCCCCGGCGCAGCCCGGGGAGGUGGACGCCGCGCUGCAGCGCAGCGACUCGGGCGUGGAGUCGGCGCUGCUCUACGCUAAGGCCUGGUCCAAGUACACCAAGGAGCUGCUGGUCUGGGUGGAGAGGCGGCUCGCCAUGGAUAUUGAGUGUGCCAAAAGUUACGCCAAAAUGGCCGAAUCUGCAAAGAACCUUGCGAGUCAACAGGAGUUCAUGGCCUUCCGCGAGAUCUACAUGUCAGCAUUCAGAAACGACAUUGAGUACAGCCAGCUCCUGCUUCACACCGCGGCCGUACUCCAAAGCAACAAGUUUGUCCUGCCUCUGCAGACCCGAAAGUCUGAGCUGGACAAACUGCGGAAAGAGGUGAAGGAGCAGUGGCAGAGGGAGCAGAAGAGAAUGCACGAUGCGGACAGCGCCCUGAGGAAGGCGCGUCUCCUGCGGGGCCAGCGGCAGGAGGAGCACCAGAAGGCCCGCGCCGCCACGGGCCGCGCCGAGGAGGAGCUGCAGCAGCAGCUGCCCCUGCAGCAGGGCGGGGCCGGGGGCCCCCUGGGGUCCGUGGGCCCCGUGGGGGCCAAGCUGGACAAGAAGAGGAGGCUGGAGGAGGAGGCGCUGCAGAGGGCGGAGGAGGCCCGGGAACACUGCAGAGCGUGUCAGAUGGACGUUGGCGUGAAGAGGGCCGACAUGGCCGCCACCAAGAGCCUGAUCCUCAGCCAGCUGCGGGAGAUGGUCUUCCAGUGUGACCUCACCCUCAAGGCCGUGACGGUGAACUGGUUCCAGCUGCAGCAAGCCCAGGUGGUGUCGUUGCCGGUCAACCACCAGAGCCUGUGUGAGCGGGCCAAGCUGUACGAGCCGGGCCAGCGCUACGUCCAGUACGUCAGCAGCCUGCCCGCCGGCCCCGACGCCUCCUCGGAGCCCAAGGCAGGGUCUGUGUUCUCCAAGCGACCGUUGACCGGAAGCCAUUCUUCUCAAUGCAACCUCUCCUCUGCGGGGUCCGGGCCCGCCGACUGCCUCAGCGCCGACGAGGUGGACAGCCCUGUCAACGCACGGCCCGCCAAGAUCUCUGAGCGCCGCUCCAACAGCAGCACAGACAUCCAAGCUCUGAGGAUCCAGGGCCCGUUCAGACCCUGGGCCUCGGCCAGUCAGGGUGGAGGGAUGUGCAGCGACUCGGAGAGCGCUGGAGGGAGCAGCGAGUCCCGCUCCAUGGACUCUCCCACCGCCAGCCCCGGGGACUUCAAGAGGAGGCUCCCACGGACCCCCUCCACGGGCACCAUGUCCUCCGCCGACGACCUGGACGAGAGGGAGCCCCUGUCCCCCUUUGAGAGCGGUCUGAACAUGGACAUGGGGACGGAGAUGGCCAGCUCCCCGGGGCCCUUCCGCAACACCCAGAUGUCCAAGGCGGCCCAGACACACAAGCUCAGGAAGCUGCGCGCCCCGUCCAAGUGCCGCGAGUGUGACAGCCUGGUGGUGUUCCACGGAGCCGAGUGCGAGGAGUGCUCCUUGGCCUGCCAUAAGAAGUGUCUGGAGACUUUGGCCAUCCAGUGUGGCCACAAGAAGCUCCAGGGGAGACUGCACCUGUUCGGCAUCGACUUCACGCAGGCCUCCAAGGACAGCCCGGACGGAGUGCCCUUCAUCAUCAGGAAGUGCACCUCGGAGAUCGAGGCCAGGGCGCUCAACCUGAAGGGGAUCUACCGGGUGAACGGCGCCAAGUCCCGCGUGGAGAAGCUGUGCCAGGCGUUUGAGAACGGCAAGGAGCUGGUGGAGCUGUCGGACCUCUACCCCCACGACAUCAGCAACGUGCUGAAGCUCUACCUGAGACAGCUCCCAGAGCCCCUCAUCAUGUUCCGCUACUACAACGACUUCAUCGGCCUGGCCAAGGAGAGCCAGGCGGUCAUCAUAGAGGAGCUGGAGGCCUCGCGGCACAGCCCCCCCCCGGAGACCCCCUCGUGUCUGCCCCCGCCCCCGCAGGUCAGCGUGGAGCUCAACCGGGUCCUCUUCAAGAUCAAGGACCUCCUCCGGCAGCUCCCCUCCACCUACUACAAGACCCUGCAGUUCAUCAUCCAGCACCUGCACAGGGUGUCGGAGCGCUCCGAGGAGAACAAGAUGACGGCCAGCAACCUGGGCAUCAUCUUCGGCCCCACGCUGGUCAAACCCCGGCAGGCGGACGCCGAGGUGUCCCUCUCCUCGCUGGUGGACUACCCCUACCAGGCCCUCAUCGUGGAGCUGCUGGUCCGCCACUACCAGAUGAUCUUCGACACGCCCCUCAGCCCCCUGCCGGGCGGAGGUGGGGAAGGAGGUGGAGGCGCGGCCCAGCCCCGCCUCAAGCCUCAGCAGCUGAGCAGGCACUCCAAGUCCCUGGGGGACAUCAAGGAGCAGAGCUCCAAGGUGUACAAGAGGCAUUCCUCCAUCAUCCCCUCCUCCCAUCUAUUGGCUGAGGUCAAGGAGACCAUUCCAGGGCUUGACAGGACAGACAGGACAGACUAUGAACCUGCUCCAGACACCGACUUCACAGACUCGGUCAACGGGGCGGCACUGCCGGGCGUCUCCCACCCGCGCCCCGCCGGCCUCAGCCGCUCCAGCCACGGGGGCGUGUCCCGCGUCCAGCUGCGCCACACGCGCAACAAGGUUUACUCCCGGCCCGCCAGCGUGCCCGUGGACCGGGCGCCGCCGCCCGCCUCGCACUCCCACCUGGACAACAACCACGGGCCCCUGAGCGCGGCGGCCCUGGAGACGGGGCCCCGCCCCAUGGAGGAGGAGGAGGAGGAGGAGGAGGAGGGGGAGGAGGAGGAGGGGGAGCCACGCUGGGACCUCGACGGCCCCAAGUCCCGGGCCAGCUCGCGGUACCGCAGUACGCUCAUCGACACACACACGCUGCGCCGCACCUGGGACCGGCAGUACAAGCAGCACGGCGACGGGGCCCCCAGGACUACCACCGGGGCCCCGGCCUGUGGCUCCCCGCCGACCGAGGGCCUGGUCCUGCCCGCCUCGGGGCCCCCCGUGUGCCUCGCCGCCGGCCCCCUGGGGGGCCCCGGCCGGCAGUACGCCGUGGCCGUGAGGCCCGGCAGGACUCUGAGGAGGGAGGACAACGUGGACGAGCAGAGCCUGGGGGCCGCCCCCUUCAGGGCCCCCCGGACCCUCAGGCCCCCGCCGGGCACCUUCUACAAACCCCCCUCUACCGGCGCCCGCGCCAAGCUGCUGCAGAGCUCUUCACAGGCCCACAGCGCAGAAGAAGAGGAGGAGGACGACGACGACGAAGAGGAGCUGGGGAUUGAGAUCGAGGUGUCGGUGGAUGAACCCCCGGAGGAGGAGGAGGAGGAGGAGGAGGAGGAUGAUGAAGAGCGGGAGUCCCGCUCCUCCUCCAGCUCCAGCCCUGAGGAGCUGGGCCAGGGCCAGGCGCGACCCCUGUACCAGAGACUCCGGCCCCGGCGGCUCCAGGAGGUGGAGCACCGCGAGGCCCACUUUGUGUGAAGGCCUGGGGGUGUCCACGGGCCUGGUUCACCCAGCGGCCAUCUGGCCCCUCUCUUGGCGUCACAGUACACAGUGGAUCGGGCCCGGUAGGGCUUUAGCGGCUGGGUCCUCCCAGGGGGGGUAUUCUGUGCCAUAUAUUGUAUAAGAGGAAGACAAAAGGACUGAAGACUGAGAAGAAAAAUGUGUGUGGAAACAUUUGUUUAGUUAUUAUAUAUAUAUAUAUAUAUAUAUAUAUAUAUAUAUAUAUAUAUAUAUAUAUAUAUAUAGUCAUACCACUUCCCGAAAGGCAAAACAGAAUGCACUUAUUAAACAUUUGCUUCAGCUCACUGUCAAACAGACAUUUGAUUGACCCGUCACUAUGCUUACUACUCGCUGGCCCAUAGCCAGACAAUAUUUAUAACCCUCAUUGUUUUUUAAAGAAGUGCAAUUACAUUUGACUUAAAUAUUUUUUGUAUUCUUCAUUGGUCAUUAUGUGUGAAUUGUUCAUGUAUACCAAAAAAGUAUGACUUCAACUGUUACAACGAUAUUAGCCACUGCAUUCAAGAACAGGUUGGGUGCACUUCGCUUGGCUGAUGAUCCGCUAUCUUUUAAACAAAAACAAUUCUACUUAGGGCAAAACAAAUGUUUAUACUAAGCUACUUUUUAUCCAAUCAUUUCAGUGAGAACUUGUGUAUGAAGCAAUUUAAUCUGUUACAUAUGUUACAGUACGUUGUCCCGAGUGACAUUCACAAGGGUGACAUGCCACAAGUUGGAGAGGUGUGUGUCACUUUAUUUUAUAUAUAGUUGACCAUAAAAUGAAAAACAUAUCUCUUUUUAAUGUGUCAAAAGCCAAAGUGGUUUCUCCCCAAAACCAUUUGAAUUGUAUCAAUAUCCAUAAUCUCACCAGGUGGUCACUAUAUAGAGAUGUAUGUGUCAUGUCAAAUGGUAUCUGUUUUUCAUGGAAAUCUGCUCGGUUGACACAAUGUUUAAUUACGUUUUGUUUGAAAUGCAAAUUAGGUACAUAAAAGCAAACGCCUUUUUGUAAGUUAUUAAAAAAUGUGUCAACCUCAAA